CUGGCAACCUCCAAGCACUUGAAGAAACACCUCGAAGGAUAUCAGGUUGAUCUUGCCCUUCGCAAGAACCGCAACUUGUACAACUCUUCACAUUAGAAUUCGAUUUUUUGUUGUAUUUAGAACUCCAGACAUGUUUCUCAUCAGCAUCAUCAGCAUCAUUUGCUCCUUCGACCAUGUCCAGCCUCAAUCCACUCCAGCUCAACUUCGCUCUCCCUCAGUCACCAACUUCAGCCUCUCCGAUCCGCUCCUCUUCUACGUGCCUCCUCAGGAUACACCCUCGUUGAACCACAUCAGCCUCAACCUGUGUUCAGCACCAAGCAGUCAACCCAUCGACUACCAGUUCAACAACAUCCUCAUCGUCUCCAACUCCUCGGACAACAAGACACCCUCACCAGACAAACUUCCAGCACGCUCAAAGACCUCCAUCCUCUCUCACCAGUCAUCAGCAGGGGACUACUCCGACCUUCGGGCCGGCAUCGCCAGUGUCAGCCUCGUCAACUCGGUCGGCCUCUGGAUCAGCAUCCAGCCCCCGAACCCAGCCCAGAGCUGGUCCUUUCAACUCGGCGUAUCCAACCAGACCCCAUUGCACGCCUCCAACAAUUUCCCGGCCUUGAAGCUUGAUGAUACCGAUGGCUCCAACGCCCUGCUCACGGCCGCCGACUCGAGCGUCUUCCUACCCGUGACUGCCAAGAACCCACCCUCCACGCAAGAGUUCGUGCCUAUCAUCUUGCCCACACCCGACAACCUCCAACUAGGACUCGCCGGCUCCCUCUGCUACCUCCAAUCUAUUAUCGCCAAUCAAUCUUCGGAAUCCAAGACUCAACUCGAACGGAUCUCGAUCACCCCUUCGCUCACCUCCCGGACCACUGGCGUCGGAUCCUUCUCCUCUCAACCUACCGGUAACGCUACGGAUCAUGAUUAUCGUAUCUCCGACCAGGCCGCCGGCUUGCGCACUCAGUACCUCAUCAAUAAUCUUAUCCCUGCCCUUAAUUACUCCGCUUGGUUCUUCCAACCUGGGCCCCUGGUCGAUAACGUACAAACCGGUAGAUUAUGGCCUUAUAUCAACUUUCGAACUAAAUCUUCCAAAAAUUGUCGAUUAGUCCAUGAUCUACCGUUCUGUCCAUCGGUAGCUUAUGCGGUCCCAGCAUCGACGAGCCAAUCGACGACGAGUUUAGUGGAGAUGUACAACCGAACGGUGAGCGAGCAUCUAGCGAAUUUCCGGACGGUAGUGUCGACAUAUCCAUGUAACAAUGACACGAGUGGACGAUACUCGUUUGUGACGGGGUGUGGGGACUGUUUACGAGCGUACACGGACUGGGUAUGUGGGAUGACCAUGCCACGCUGUACGGAUCCUCCUUCCCCUCCGGCUCCAUCUACCCCAACAAUCCAACAAUCGAUGGACAGUCAGAUGGUCUUUACCCGCACCGAGCCCAAUAACUCACGCACCCCAACUCUGACGGAGAAGAGUGUCUAUCCAUACGCCGAGCUGCCGCCCUGUGGAUCCCUUUGCACCCUCGUCGCCGCCACUUGUCCUCCCCUCAUCGGCUGGAACUGUCCCCUCCCCGGCGUCACAUCUAACUUCUCGUAUCGUGACCCUCGGACGUUGGGUCCCUUAGACCUCGCCGGCGGACAACAAUCUCUCAACGGCUUCGGCGGCGAGCGCGCUCAGGAUCGCUUCGGUAACGUCUUCUGUAACGCCCUCGAAUCUGAUAUCGUCUAUGCCAGAAUGGGCAGCGCCAAUCGGAUCCUCAACCCUUCUUCUGCUUCUGCUCUCCUGAUCAUUAUCACUUCUCAUCUCUUGGCUUCCUUCCUCUCCGGGAUCCCCUUCCUGCCCUUUCUGUGACACCUCCCACUCCUUCCACCCCACCCCUCCCCUCGCAUCGACAAAAACAAAACUAAUAAAAUUUGAGAAGCUGUAGCAGGAGCUGGUGGUUCACACUGAUGCUUUGUUUACCCAUGGUUCUUGCCCUUUGAUCCGUUUCAAUCUCACUUAGAUAUCCUCAAAACCCAUCCACAUUGUACCCAUCCGUCUCAAUAAAUACAAUAAAAACCCAAUCACCGUUGUUUCAGGUGGUUCUACGUAGUCCUUCACCGUUCCUUCUUUGUUUUUCGAUUUCACAGUCUGGCUAUUUGUUCUCGUGCUUGUGUUUGUGUUUGCAUUGGCUCUUGUUGAGCUUUUUUUUCUCUCUCUCUGUUGGAGGACUUGUAAUACUUGCCCUGUUUUUUGUACAUAUGUAUAUGUAAACCAAUAUAUCUUUAUAUCAAUAAGUCAAUAACACAUAGAUUUUUAGAGUU